CGUCCGCCGGCGACCUAUAAAUACACCCACAACCCAUUCGUCACUCCGAUUUCUCUACAAAGCACUCCAUUGCAAUAGUAAAGCCUCCUCUCACCACAAAAGCUGUUUUACUUUCUCUCCCUCGAUAUUUUCCAUGGGGGCGUCCAUCGAAAUCCGUCAAUACGCCGGCCCAAUAAACGGCGUAGCUACUUCCUUCAACGACUCCCCAGCCAAUCCCAAGAGAUCCGAGCCCACGUCAAGGGAGUACGAUUCCUCCAGCGAAGAUGAAAACGACGCCCAAGAGUGGAAGGACGUAAUCCGAAAGGUGAACUCCGAAGCCGAGUGCUGGAUCGAACGCAAUGCUUCCAUGCUGCGUGUCCCUGGAAAACACUACUACAACUGGGAGUCACCCAUCAGCCGCCUCAUGCAUCACGGCUUCAUCACCCCCACGCCCCUCCACUUUGUACGUAACCACGGCCCCGUCCCAGAUGACCUCUGGCAUGACUGGACCGUCCAGGUUUGUGGCCUCGUCAAACGCCCCGCCAAGUUCACCAUGGACCAACUCGUCAACGACUUCCCCAGCCGUGAGCUCCCCGUCACACUGGUGUGUGCCGGCAACAGAAGGACAGAACAGACCAAUGUGAAGCAAAGCAUUGGUUUUAGCUGGCGUGUGGGUGCGAUUUCCACUUCCGUCUGGCGGGGGGUGCCUUUGAGGUACUUGCUCAAGAGGUGCGGCAUCUAUAGCCGUACCAAAGGGGCUUUAUACGUGUGCCUCGAAGGGGACGAGGAUCUUCCAGGUGGCGGUGGGACCAAGUACGAGACAAGCAUCCGGAGAGACAUUGCGAUGGAUCCGACCCGCGACAUCAUCAUCGCUUACAUGCAAAACAGGGAGCGCUUGGCACCUGAUUGCGGGUUCCCGGUGAGGAUAAUCAUACCGGGUUUCAUAGGGGGCCGCAUGGUUAAGUGGCUCAAGCGUAUCAUUGUCACUCCACAAGAAUCAAGCAACCAUUACCAUUAUGUGGACAAUAGAGUGCUCCCCACCCACGUGGAUGCCGAGCUGGCCAGCUCUCAAGGUUGGUGGUACAAGCCUGAGACUGCUGUCUACGAGCUCAACAUAAACUCCGUGAUAACCACGCCGCGUCAUGAGGAAAUCUUGCCGAUAAACUACUGGACUACUCAGAGGCCGUUUGUAUUUAAAGGCUACGCAUAUAACGGGGGCGGGAAAAAAGUAACACGUGUCGAGGUAACAAUGAACGGUGGGGAAACAUGGCUACUGGCCAAAUUAGAACACCCAGAAAAGCCGAACAAAUACGGGAAAUACUGGUGCUGGUGUUUCUGGUCGUUGGAGGUGCAAGUGCUGGACCUUCUGGGAGCCAAGGAAAUCGCUGUACGAGCAUGGGACGAGGCCUUCAACACCCAACCCGAGAAGCUUAUUUGGAAUCUCAAGGGUAUGAUGAACAACUGCUGGUUCAAAGUGAAAACCAAUGUGUGCAUGCCCCAUAAAGGCGGUACUGGAAUUGUGUUUGAACACCCAACCAUACAAGAAAACCAUUCUGGUGGGCCAAUGAAAACAUCAGAGUCUAACCAGAGCAUCAAGAAGAGUGCCGCGACAUCCCUCAUGAACACCAUAUUAACUAUGUACUCCAUCACCGAAGUCAAAACGCACACCUCCCCCGACUCUGCCUGGAUCAUCGUUCAAGGCUAUGUGUACGACUGCACCCGCUUCCUCAAAGAACACCCAGGCGGGGCCGAAACCAUCCUCAACAACGCUGGCACCGACUGCACUGAAGAGUUCGAGGCCAUCCAUUCUGACGAAGCCAAGAAAAUGCUCGAGGACUACAGAAUCGGCGAGCUCAUACCUACCGGCUUCAACUCCACUGACUCGUCGCCCAACCCCUUCGUGCACAGCAAUGCCGACAUCAGUCACACAAUCCCAAUCAAAGAGGCCAACCAAUUACGCAGCGUGGCCCUAAACCCGAAUGAGAAAAUCCCAUGCAAGCUCGUGUCCAAAAAGUCCAUCUCACACGACGUGAGGCUUUUCCGUUUUGCGCUACCCUCCGUGGACCAAGCCAUGGGCCUGCCCGUCGGAAAGCAUGUAUUUGUGAGUGCAACCAUUGAUGAUAAAUUGUGCAAGCGACCUUACACUCCAACCAGCAGCAUCGAUGAAAUUGGGUAUUUCGAUCUGGUGGUCAAGAUUUACUUCAAAGGGGUACACCCCAAGUUCCCCAACGGUGGGCUAAUGUCCCAGCACCUGGACUCGCUUCCUAUUGGCACCGUCGUGGAAGUGAAGGGUCCACUAGGCCACAUAGAGUACACCGGAAGAGGUAAAUUUUUGGUUCACGGGAAGCCCAAGUUUGCGAAGAGGCUGACCAUGCUGGCCGGCGGGAGCGGGAUCACGCCCAUUUAUCAAGUGGCUCAAGCUAUUCUGAAGGAUCCAGAGGAUCGGACCGAGAUGAUCGUUGUGUAUGCGAACCGGACUGAGGAUGAUAUUCUGCUGAGAGAAGAGAUGGAUGCGUGGGCUAAGAAGGAUGAGCGGUUCAGAGUGUGGUACGUGGUGCAGGAAAGCAAGAGCGAAGUGUGGGAAUACAGUGUGGGUUUCAUCACGGAGGAUAUCCUGAGGGAGCAUGCUUUGGAGGCAUCGGACGACACGCUGGCAUUGGCUUGUGGGCCACCACCAAUGAUUCAGUUCGCGGUGCAGCCCAAUUUGGAGAAGAUGGGGUAUGAUAUCAACAACAAUUUGCUUGUGUUUUAGGGGGACCCAUAGUCGGAGUAGUACGGUGUAUUGUGUGUAUGUGCGUGCAAUUCUAUUGAAUAGUGUUGUUAGUUAUGUUGUAAACGUGUGUGACGGUGAAUUUGGAUUUGAUGGUUAUAUUUAAUAUAAAUAUUAAGUAUUUAUAUCGUCUAAAUCAUUAAAAUUUAGAUUAAUAAUUUUAAAUUUAUACUCCAUUUUAAUAUAAAUGUCAAAGGUUCAGAUAGUUAAUGUAGGCACUCAGUGCCUACAGUCACUGAAUCCAUAUCUGUGCGAUUGUUGUCCAGGUUAGUUUUGUAAAAUUAAGGGAUUGGCAUCAAGAACCAUGUGUUUUCAAGAAGAACCAUGGACGGAGGAGUAGUGUAUUAUUGUAUAUGUGUGUAAUUGCAUUGAAUAAUAUUGUGUUUGUCCCAGAUUUUUAA